CAGGCCAAAUGCAGAUAAUCGGCGCCAGGGUGGCAGAGAGAGACUGGCCAGCACCGGUGACAAGGGAAGCGUGGCCAUGGAAUCUGCCAAGGAGACACGCUACUGUGCCGUGUGCAAUGACUACGCCUCGGGCUACCAUUAUGGAGUUUGGUCUUGCGAAGGCUGUAAGGCCUUCUUCAAGAGAAGUAUUCAAGGACAUAAUGACUACAUGUGUCCGGCUACCAACCAGUGCACGAUUGAUAAAAACAGGAGGAAGAGCUGCCAGGCCUGCCGGCUCCGCAAGUGCUAUGAAGUGGGGAUGAUGAAAGGGGGGAUAAGGAAAGACCGGAGAGGAGGGAGAAUGUUGAAGCACAAGCGCCAGAGAGAUGACGGGGAGGGCAGGAGUGAAACGGUGCUCUCCGGAGACAUGAGAGCUGCCAACCUCUGGCCAAGCCCUCUCUUGAUUAAACACACUAAGAAGAACAGCCCGGUCUUGUCCCUGACCGCCGACCAGAUGAUCAGUGCCUUGCUGGAGGCUGAGCCCCCUGUAAUCUAUUCCGAAUACGAUCCCACCAGACCCUUCAAUGAGGCUUCAAUGAUGGGCUUGCUGACCAACCUCGCAGACAGGGAGCUGGUGCACAUGAUCAACUGGGCGAAGAGGGUGCCAGGCUUUGUGGAUUUGACCCUCCAUGAUCAGGUCCACCUGCUGGAAUGUGCCUGGCUAGAGAUCCUCAUGAUUGGUCUUGUCUGGCGCUCCAUGGAGCACCCAGGGAAGCUCCUGUUUGCUCCUAACUUGCUCCUAGACAGGAACCAGGGAAAAUGUGUCGAGGGCAUGGUGGAGAUCUUUGACAUGUUGCUGGCCACGUCGUCUCGGUUCCGCAUGAUGAAUCUCCAGGGAGAGGAGUUUGUGUGCCUCAAAUCCAUCAUUUUGCUUAAUUCUGGAGUGUACACAUUUCUGUCCAGCACCCUGAAGUCUCUAGAAGAGAAGGACCACAUCCACCGUGUCCUGGACAAGAUCAUAGACACCUUGAUCCAUCUGAUGGCCAAGGCGGGCCUCAGUCUGCAGCAGCAGCACCGGCGCCUGGCCCAGCUCCUCCUCAUCCUCUCCCACUUCAGACACAUGAGUAACAAAGGCAUGGAGCAUCUAUAUAACAUGAAGUGCAAGAACGUGGUGCCCCUCUACGACCUGCUGCUGGAGAUGCUGGAUGCCCACCGCCUGCAUGCCCCCUCCAAUCUUGGGAGCACACCCCCAGAGGACCUGAACCAGAGCCAGCUGGCCAGCUCGGGCUCAACUUCAUCGCAUUCCUUGCAAAUGUAUUACAUCACCGGGGAAGCAGAGAAUUUCCCCACUACCAUGUGAGAGCCCCC